CAGACACGGACGAAUGUAGUUUUACAGCUGGGGAAAUUGUUAUUCAGAACGAAGCUUUUAUUUCAAAUACAUCUUUCGUAUUCGUGUUUCUGCCUCUCUUAACAAGGUUGGAAGAUAUCUAUGGAAAUCACAUUGAUUCAGAGUUUCAAAACUAAAUCAAGUGUAAUGGGUUUAUUUUAGGAUUAACUAUGGGAGUUUAUAUCCCGGAAUCUAAUACAAGCUCCAACUUCACUCCCGGCAGCGACUCGGCCACAGUCCACGAAGCUGGAGCGGCUCUCCCGGGCUAUAUGAUGGUGAUCCUGGCCGUGCUUAUGAUAACUCUGGUAGUCGUGGUUGUGGCUGGUAACGCACUUGUUAUCCUGGCUUUCAUUGUUGACAAGAGCCUAAGAAAUCAAAGCAACUACUUCUUCCUCAACCUUGCUCUUUCAGAUUUUCUUGUUGGUGCCUUCUGCAUCCCUGUGUACAUCCCCUACAUCCUGACAGGCCGCUGGGUGCUGGGCAGAACUCUCUGUAAGCUGUGGCUCCUCAUGGACUACCUGCUGUGUACUGCCUCUGUCUUCAACAUCGUCCUCAUCAGCUACGACCGAUUCCUCUCCGUCACCAGAGCAGUGAAAUACAGAGCGCAGCAGAGCAUGACCCACCAUGCUGUGGUAAAGAUGGUGACUGUGUGGGUGUUAGCCUUCCUUCUCUAUGGCCCUGCCAUCAUCUUCUGGGAGCUGGUCAUGGGCAAAAGCAUCGUCCUUGCCGAUGAGUGUUUCGCUGAGUUCUACUGCACCUGGUACUUCCUACUGAGUGCGUCUACGAUUGAGUUCUUCACCCCGUUUAUCUCUGUGGCCUUCUUCAACCUGAGCAUCUACCUGAACAUCCAGCGGAGGAACAAGAGCAGGGCUAUCCGUAAGGAGGACACCAAGGCACACAGGGACAGGGGCAGUCUCAGGGACGGGGGUGCUGCCUUGACUGUGUUUUUGACUUGCAAGGCAUCAUCGAGCAAGCCAGCUGCUGUUUCAGCUGUGAUAGAGAAGGACGAGGAGCUGUCGCCGUCCACCAGUGGGGAGCCUAGUAGCGGACACACCUUCAUACAGAGUAAGAAGGGCCCCACUUGCAGGAUCACUUCCAGGCCCCUUCAAUCCCAAUCCCCCACCGGGCCCCCCAACAGGAGCUCACAGAGCUCCCGCCUCUCCCACGACAAGAAGAUUGCCAAGUCGCUGGCCAUUAUAGUGUGCAUUUUUGGGAUCUGCUGGGCACCCUACACUCUAUUGAUGAUAAUCCGAGCAGCCUGUAGCGGGCGAUGUGUGGAGCACUACUGGUACGAGAUGACUUUUUGGCUCUUGUGGCUGAACUCUGGUAUUAACCCUUUCCUGUACCCUCUCUGCCACAGCAGCUUCCGAAGGGCUUUUGCUAAGAUAUUGUGCCCCAACCGGCAGUCUGUCCAACCUCACAUUGAGACCCAGUCUUGCUAGUAAGACAAUGUAUGGCUGGAUGAGAGUCUUACUGGAGUGAGAAGACUACUGCAAAUGGAUGUGGAUUGUCAAACAAAAGUUCAGCCAUGAAUAGGACUAAGAAACCCUUUUUUAGUUGCUCACUAUAAAAGGGUAUAAAACAUUAUGAAAAAAGUGAUUACUGAUAUCCCUAUGUUUUGUUUGAGAUACAUCAAGUCCUUCUUUCCUACUUUUUCCACUUCACUUCAGGCUUCUUUUCAUUGAAAAGUUUCAAGAUCUUAGUUAGAAAAGUCUGUAUAGCCUUCUCCCGCUAGAAUGAAAGAUAUGCAUCUUCUAGUGAUCUAUUGAUAGGACAGGCACCUGUCAGUCACAAAGCGAGUGAUGACAGGGAAACUGCUGGUUUGUCAGUCUACUGUCUAUCCCACCUCUCAAUACCUGUGUUCAUUUUGUGUGCUGUGGUUAUCACGGAGGAGGGAGAGCAUGAUGCUUCUGUAUCUCCUGUGAGCGAAUUUACACGUCCCAUGUAAUUUAAGUGGUAACGAUGAGUUUAAAUCCACUUAAUUAUUGUUUUGUGUGUAUUUAUUUUCUUUUGCGUGUUUCAACUUUCAUAUAUCCAGACAUGGAUUCAGGGCGCAUAGACUAUUUAUUGUGCUUUGAUUGACGACCGAACAACAAGUGUUGACUAGUUUAUAAAGCUGUCGAACUGACUGAAUAAAGUCAAUCUCCAAUAUCCCUUUGCUAUUCAUAAAUCAUACAACGUAGUUAUAAGUCCAUGGUAUCGCACCAUGACAAAUAAAACAAAGAUCUUGUUGGAAGGUGGCCCAUGUACUCCCCCUUCACACAGGUGGUGACCCUUGUGACCUAAAUAAUUAUUGUCCUAUUUAUAAACUUUCUUGCCUAGCUAAAAUAUUAGAAUCCUUAAUGAAUUCUCAGCUAAGAUCUUUCUUAUCUUUGAAAUCUAUUUGAAAUCAGUUGGGUUUUAGACCAGGUCAUAGCACAAUCUCUACUUCAUACCUAGUUAUAAAUUAUGUGGUUAACUGCAUGGAUAAAAGACAACAUUGUGCUGCCCUCUUCAUUGACCUGUCAACGGCUUUUGAUACUGUUGA